AGGAAGGCCAGAAGAGAAAAACGAUGAGGAAGAAGAAGAUGACAGCACGUUUGUUACUUCACAUUUAAGAGCGUCGCAAACGAGUGGUGACAUCACGGGUCAUUUGAAAGCUUCGGACAAUCUCAUUUGGUGCGCCACAAAGAACUUUGACUGGUGUCUUCGUGACGUCACGGGCGCAUCGAACGGAUGCGCGAAGCAAACGCACAAACGGACUCAUGGGGAACUUCGACAGACAAGUCGACAGACAUGGAGGUGAGCGCCCAGGCCUUAAGGAUCUAUUACACGUCUUGGGGGAAACUGCACAGCUCCCGCAUUCAGAGAGGAGGACAGCGUCUUCACAGGAGCCUCAUGCUCAUCCAAAUGAUCGAAUCCUCCACUGACCUCUACUACUCUGCUCUGGCCAUCGCGCAAAGCGGCCAACGGGUGGCUGACAAUCCCGCAGAGACCUUCACAGCCGCUAGCAAUGAGGACGAGCGCAAGGAGACCAUGGAAGCGUGCCUCGCUAUCUCCCAGUGAUGGAUGGGAUGGAUGGGAUGGAUGGGAUGGAUGGGAUGGAUGGGAUGGAUGGGAUGGAUGGGAUGGAUGGAUGGAUGGAUGGAUGGAUGGAUGGAUGGAUGGAUGGAUGGAUGGAUGGAUGGAUGGAUGGAUGGAUGGAUGGAUGGAUGGAUCCGCCCUCUUUCUCCUCUAUGUGAGGAGGCAACAACCAAAGUAUCACCAAAGUACAAAUGCAUUGCAAAAGAAAAGAGGAUGGCUCCAAUUUGAUAUACGUAACAGCUGGAGUUCUCUGAAACGGAACUGGACUAGCAUACUGUGAAUGCAAUAGAGUUGCCAAACUAUC